GAAUAAUUCCGCAUUUCUUCCACCAAAAAAGACGAUCAAUUAUUUCAAAAGGUCACCCAAAACUACGACAAAUUUAAUUCAAAAUGGGAGGAAACGGCACAAACCCUAUCCACAACAAAGUGAAGAAGAAGGUCAAGGUUGAGGAUGAUGAAGAGACGAUCGCAUUCAAGCUGAAGCAGAAGGAGGACAAGGCAAACCAAGCAAAAUUAGCCAAGGAGAUCGGUGGACAGAAGGGCCCCUUGAAGACCAAGUCGCACGGCAUUUCCGGCAGCGGUGGAAAGGGAAAGAAAUAGAUGAGGUUCAAUUCGAUGCGCGAUGGGUUAUUGAGUUUACGAGAUAUUUGAGAACAGGCGUGGAUAAUACGGCGUAUGGGUUUGAUGGAGGAUUAUCAGACAUGUGUGAUAAGGCUUUGAGCUGAACAUGGGGAACCAUUUACCA